ACUGAUGCUUCUUUGUUUAGGCUACCAUACCAAUACAAGACAGUAAGGACAUCAAGGAGAUCAAAGAGCUUCAAGUUAGAGUCAUCGAAGAGAUUUCAAGGGAUGAAAAGGUUGAACAUGUUAAUCCCGCUAAGUGCUUCUACAGUGGAUUGUCCUAUAAUGAUUUACCUGUGGAUGUAACUGAGAUUACGGCACUUGGUCGUCCUUUGGAUCUUGGAAUGUUUUAUGACUGUCGGAAUGAUUCAUUUAUUUCAGACGGAAACCUUUGGGAUAACCAUACUGUAACAAGUAACAGAAUAUCUUGGCCCCUACUGAAAACACAUCUAAAGGUUUUGGAAGAUGACUCCCUUCCGGAAAGAUGCAAAGCAUUUGAAAUGUCACCUAUGUUACGAGUAAGUGCUCUGUGUGGACUGAUGCUAAAUGGAGCUGCAGCCUUUCUGAAUCACCCAGUUCAGUCUCAACAUCAGGACAGAUUUACACUACACUAUAAAACCACCACCAGACUGGACAUGAUCAGCCAAAGACUGUUACAGGAAGGAGCUCCUACCUCAGUGAUUAAUGCAACCACAGCAACACAUGUGAUCAUCGCGGUUUUCUAUGGAGCCCAAGCAUUCUUUGUUUUUGAUGAUAAGAGAAUCAGCACAGAGAAAAAUACAGAAAUGGAAAAUGUUAUCAAGAAGCUCACCACUACCCUCAGUGCACAAGAUGUGUUCUCAAGUCUCAAUGAAACUGAAAAGGCAAACUGUAUGUUAUAUGACUGCAGUAUGUACAUUGACGUAGAUGAUUGGAAGAGUCCAGUGUCUUUUGAUAAGGCUGUGGACAUCUACGGUUCUCUGCCGACACUGCUUGGAUCCAAAGGUGAGAGAGCGGUCCCUCUAAAGAUUUGGCUGUAUCCUCUGAAGAAACUGGACAGGAGCUCAGUGUGUGCUGCUCUGAGUGGAGUCAGUGAAAACUUGACGCAACAAGCUGAGAAUAUUCUAGAACAUCUGAGAAAACAGAUCAGGGUCUGUCAGGACAUGAUAACAGACUAUGAUAAUCUGACUGUGAUUACUCGGUUUCCUGCUUUGCAAGAACAAUUUCAAAACUUUUCAGAAUUUCUACAAGAGUACAUGUCAGAUUUUCAGAGAAAAGCUGCUGAGAUUAUUAAAUCCAUAAAUGUCAAGGAAGCAGAAGGAGAGAAGAGUUUUCAAGAACUCAUCAGUAACUGUGUUCAGUCUCCAUUCAAUCCAGAGAACACACAUCAUUGGCUUGAAAAGAAGAAAACUGAUCUGGCAGUUUUAAAUGAGUGCAGAGCAGCGAACAUUACCAUUGUAAAAUCACAGGAGGAGCUUCAGCGUGUCAUUAAUGAUCCUUGUAUGAGCAGAGUGUUCUGCUUCACUAUUUCAUCGAUGGAGGAUGAUUUUCCCACAACUCUGAAGCAGCACAUUCAUUUAAUGAAAAACUGCACAUUGACCAUGUCUGAUUGCAUAAAGCUAGAAGAUUCAGUGCGGUCAGUAAAGCCUGUUUGUGUCAGUCAGAAAGUAUUUUCUGACUUAAAAGUAUUUAUUGCUGCCAAAGAAACAAAUGAAGAUGCAAUGCAAACCAAGUUCAUUGCUGCAUUUGUACCUGAUGAUGGUUUUCACUGUGUGCGGUUUUACCAUGCUGGAAUCAUUAUGAGCAGAAAUAUGAAACUUCAAACAAAGCCAAAUCUUAUCCAAAUAUCUCAAAUAAAACACAGUAGCAUGUCCUUAAAAAUGAAUAAAACACAAAACAGAAGCAUUGAGAGGUGUUUGGUGGAGUACAGAGCUCUGGGUGAUGAUGGAAUGAACAACACUUGGAAACAGAUCUUUUUUGACACCAAAUCUGUUAAGGAAACCUUCAUUAUUUCAGGACUUACACCAGGCAAAAGAUUUCAGCUGAGGUAUUCAGUGAUUGAAAAUGGCUGUAUGAGUAACUUCAGCAAGAUUAUGAACUUUCAUACAGCUCUUGCAGCAAUACCUGGGCAACCCUUGGUGAAUAAACUGAACAGAAACACUCUCAGAUUUGUCUGGCAGAGAGCUGAAGCUGAUGAAGAUUGUCCAGUGCUGCAGUAUAUGGUUGAGUACAAAGAAGCAGGACUGGAGGGCUGGUCAUCAGUACUAACACAAGGACCUCAGUGUGAAUGUACAUUAACUGUUCCUUACAGCACCUGCUAUAGAGUCAGAGUCUCAGCUGUCUAUGAGGACGUCACCAGUGAACCCAGUGAGGAAACACCAGUACCAGUUGACGUCUUGUCCAUAAAGCUCUCAGAGAGAAAGAUCUCCAUCCUCCUAGAAGUGCUGAAACUGCAGACAGAGAAGAAACCAGUAGAGCUGAUAGACUGGACAGAUGAAGAGAGUGAAGUGAGGGGAUUCCUCCAGUGUCUGCCCUACAUCUCACAGCUCAGAUUUUCUGGCAUUAUCUACAUGAAGAGAGAAACUGCUGUGAAGUUUCUGCUGAAUCUGUUUGUUUCAGCAUCAGAGUUUGAUGGAAAUACAGAAGAAAAUUACACUGAACUAUUAACAUCUGUGUGCAGUUACACAUCUUUCCCUUUUGAUGAGAAUUAUUAUGAUACUGAGUAUCAGUGUGAUUUCCUGCUGGAUCUGUGUUCACAUGUGAAGGACUAUGAGACUCAAACAGGCAGGAGUGUCCUUCCAGCAUUACAGUCAGUUUAUCAGUCAGCUCCUGCAGUCUGGAUAAUAAAGCUCUCAAAGAGAAAGAUCUCCAUCCUCCUAGAAGUGCUGAAACUGCAGACAGAGAAGAAACCAGUAGAGCUGAUAGACUGGACAGAUGAAGAGAGUGAAGUGAGGGGAUUCCUCCAGUGUCUGCCCUACAUCUCACAGCUCAGAUUUGUUAAACUACAGAAUAACUCAUCUGAAUCAUGGGAGAAAAGAAAGAGAUCUUUCAUACUGGAUUUGUGUCUGCAAGCUGCUCUCCACCAGAAAGAGACAAUAGAAGAAACUGUGAAGAAACUGUUGUCGUCUGUGAAUUAUGAGAGAUGUGAUUUCCUGCUGGAUCUGUGUUCACAUGUGAAGGACUAUGAGACUCAAACAGGCAGGAGUGUCCUUCCAGCAUUACAGCCAGUUUAUCAGUCAGCUCCUGCAGUCUGGAGAAUAAAGCUCUCAGAGAGAAAGAUCUCCAUCCUCCUAGAAGUGCUGAAACUGCAGACAGAGAAGAAACCAGUAGAGCUGAGAGACUGGACAGAUGAAGAGAGUGAAGUGAGGGGAUUCCUCCAGUGUCUGCCCUACAUCUCACAGCUCAGAAUUCAUGAAGAUGCUUUUGAAAUGAAGCAAUCUGCUGGCCAGUUUCUGCUGAAUCUGACUGUUGCAGCUUCGAAGUGUGUUACAACUACAGGAGAGAAUUACAUUGAGCUUUUAACAUCUGUGUGCAGCUACAGAUCAUUUCUCUGGUAUGAUGAUGAUGAGUACUAUCAGGUUGGACACUGUGAUUUCCUGCUGGAUCUGUGUUCACGUGUGAAGGACUAUGAGUCUCAAACAGGCAGGAGUGUCCUUCCAGCAUUACAGUCAGUUUAUCAGUCAGCUCCUGCAGUCUGGAGAAUAAAGCUCUCAGAGAGAAAGAUCUCCAUCCUCCUAGAAGUGCUGAAACUGCAGACAGAGAAGAAACCAGUGAAGCUGAUAGACUGGACAGAUGAAGAGAGUGAAGUGAGGGGAUUCCUCCAGUGUCUGCCCUACAUCUCACAGCUCAGGUGAGACUCUCAUGAGGAACACACCAAUCUUGAUGGAUUAUUGUAUUCAGUGCUACAUAAAGAGGUAUUGGUGUAAUUUGAGUAAGUCUGAUUAGCCCUAACUAACUUCUAGUUGUUCAGACUUGUGCAGUGUUGGGCAAUAACUUAAGGCUACUAGUAAUGCAUUACAGUAAUAUUAUUUUUUCUAGUGACUAGAACUAAUAACAUUUAUUUUUUUGUCACAAUUUCUAAUGAUUUGAAAUUACAAAAAUCCAAUCAUCCCUAUCAAUUUUCAUAAUCGUUGUUGUGUGUGUGCGCUCAUGACUUCACCAAAGCUGCAAACUGGCUUUGUCUGAAGACGGAGUAGCCUACAUUAUAUAGCUGUCACGGCUGGAUAGUGGAAAGGAUGGAGGACUCAAGUGUGGGAAGACGAUUUAAUAAAGUAAAUAUAAAUACAAAAACCAACAACCAAAAACAGACAAAGAAAAAAUCAGGUCUAGCAGGAAACACAAGGAACAUAAUAACAACAAACCAGCACAGGACUACAAACACAGGGAAACUAAAUAGGGGAGCAAAUAAGGAGGGUAACGAGGGAAACAGGUGGGGAAAAUUAACCAAUAAUCAGAUAACAAGGAAGGACAAGUAAAGACAGAAGCCGUUUCUCAUGCGUACUUGUCUGUAGGCUACUUGUGUUCUUGUGGACUUGUGAAAUGUCAUCAGUCACUGCCCAAGUACUGUUCCAAUUCAAAGUUCACAUCAAGCCAAGUCCACUUCAAAUCCCCGGAUGUGUUCUUGAUCCGCCCCGUU